AUGAGCGAACAACUUAGUAAGCUCAUUGAUAGCUCAAGAGUCACGUCCAAAGACAUCGCGGCCAACAACACGUUAGUACGGGAAGCACACCACACGUUGGACGGUUUGGAUCAGAAAAUUGACGCGGUUAAGGUGGAUUUGUCCGCUAAAAUCGAAGACCUUCGAACGGAAGUAGACGAGAUGAAAGUUCAGCCCCGAACGAUUCAAGAUCAACGACUUCCUGAACGAUCACCAGUCUUACAAGCACGUCAAGAGGUUCCAGCCCUGUCACCCAUACGCACGAUGGAGGAUGCUGUCCGUCAUCGCAGAAGAUUGGUCGCCGCCGAUGCAUCUCCACGAGACCCGCGGCGAGGUGCGAUGGCCACGAUGACGUCCCGUUGCGACCCUACGGAUCACGAAGAAGAUGAACACUCCGAACGUUCUCACCCCCACAGUCAAGUAAAUCGUCCGCAUAGCAGCUGUUGCAGCCGACUACAACCUCCCAACUUCAAGAUCCAGCCAUUUGACGGCAAUCCGAAGAACUACGCACGAUUCAAGGCUAAAUUCCAGGCCUUGUAUGAAGAGUACGAAGAUUCUCCGGUACUUCUUUUCAUGUUGGAGGAGCUGCUAGCCGAAGAGGUACGGAACGAAGUCGGUGAAUGUCUCACCGAUGGAACGAUGUACUCCGUGCUGUGGGAACGUUUGGACGCGGUCUACGGCCGAACUGAAAUUAUGGAUCAGACGUACCUCGACGACCUUCUACAGGUCCCGCCAUUGAAGAGCUUAGAUGCUGCCAGCCUCAAGACCUUCGCAAACCGUCUUCAUGGUGCAGUAGCCACGCUCUCCAAGUCGAAGUAUGCCCAUGAGCUAUAUAGCCGUACAACGUUGAUGGCCCUUGAAGCAAAACUCACGCCUUACCUCAAGGACAAAUGGAACGAGAAACGUAAAAAGAAUGGAGUAGAACUUAAUGUUCUAGACUUAGACGACUGGGUGACUUUAAAAUCCAUGAGCAAGCAGCAUGGUAAAAAUGUAUUCGAAUCUCUACCCACGUCGACGUCCAAAGGUGUAAAGUUUGACGAAAGGAAGCCCGUCAAGAGAUUCAGCUUCCCACACACGUCGACCAUUGGACACGUAACGACGAUGGAAGGUCCACCGCAAGACGGACGCCCGUUCAACGCUCAUCUGGCCAUCGAGGAACGUCCCGAAGACCUAAACGAGAUGGUGAAGAAGUUCUGGCAACUUGAGGCCAGUGAAGUAGAGAUAGAACCACCCGUUCUAUCCGAGGAUGAUCUACGUGGAAAACGCAUCCUCGAAUCGUCAGUAAAACGUAUCGGUAACCAGUAUCAAGUCGGCUUAAUGUGGAAAACCGACGAAGUAAAUCUCCCAAAUAAUCGGGCAGCUGCAUUGAAGAGGCUCUACGCUCUCGAACGACGUUUUCAUCGAGACGAGGAGUUUGCUCACAAGUACGAUGCAGUAGUCAAGGAGUACAUCGGGUUAAAACACGCCCGGCUCCUAACGACCCAAGAAGCUCAGACGGAGACAAACAAGACGUGCUUGCUUGGUGUACUCAUCCGCUUCCGCCGUAACCUUGUGCCAGUCGGAGCGGACAUUGAGAAAAUGUUCCACCAAGUGAAAGUCCCGGAAGCAGACCAGGCAGCCUUCCGAUUUCUCUACCGGACGCCUGGCAGUAAUUCAGUUCCGUUAACGUACCAGAUGACGGUACACGUAUUUGGAGCUAUAUCAUCCCCGACGAGCUGUAUCUUCGCCCUCAACAGGACGGCCGACGACUACAGCAGCCAGUUUCCAGACGUAGCCGAUAGCGUUCGACGUAAUUUCUACGUCGACAAUUAUCUCGACUCAUUUGACUCCGAAGACGAGGUCAUCAAACGGUCCCGCGAAAUGAAGUCCCUUCUUCAGUUAGGGGGCUUCAAUUUGACCAAAUGGACGUCGUCAUCGCGAAUGGUGAUAGCUGCGCUACGAGAGUUUGGCCUCGCCUCACCAACUCUGGAUCUGGAUUUGGAAAAACUUCCCGUCGAAAGAACUCUGGGAGUAAUGUGGGACAGCGAACGAGAUAUGCUGACGUUCAAGAUUCGGAAGUCGCCGCACAACGUGACACUCACGAAGCGAGCCUUCCUCAGCAUCAUCUCUAGCGUCUACGACCCGUUGGGGCUGGUUGCACCAGUUAUCUUCGUAAUGAAGUCCUUGCUCCAAGACAUUUGGACCAACGAAGAACGGAUCGGAUGGGAUGACGUCGUACCGGAAGCAUUGAGUCAACGUUUCUAUUGCUGGUACGAUCAUCUGGAAAAUUUGGAGUCGCUCUCAGUACCGAGGUGCUUCCGUUUCAAACGAGGACGAUGGACUCAACAGUGCCUCCACGUCUUCACGGAUGCAAGCUCCAAAGGAUUCGGAGCAGUAGCCUACUUCCGCACUGUAUUUGAAGACCAUUCCGUCAACGUGUCAUUCGUCAUGUCGAAAACGCACGUCACACCGGUAAAAGGUCUCACAAUUCCCCGUUUGGAGUUACAGGCGGCAGUAGAAGGCCUCAACAUUGCUCUCACGAUUUGUCGUGAACUAGAAAUUGAUUUGAGGGGUAUCGACCCAAAAGACGUCGACGAAUUGGCCUAUUUUCAUCGAGGACCUUCGUUCCUGAUCCUAGACCCCUCAGAGUGGUACUCUUGGGAAGAAAUCUCGGAGCCUGAGGAACGAGACGUAAACGUGAUUCGCGUCUUGGCAGUAAAAACAGAAGAUGAGAACCAUGCCAUCGACAAUUGCGUUGCACGUUUUUCCAGCUUGGUGAAAAUUCAACGAGUGCUGGCCUGGACCACAAGAUUUACCAACAACGCUAGGGCAAAAAUUCGUGAUGAAAAACCCAUGGUCGGGGAGCUGACAGUAGAAGAAAUGGUAACGUCGCUGAAAAAAUGCAUCGUACGGGCGCAAGAAUUGGCCUUUGCUGAGGAAGUCUACGCCCUUCGCAAGAAUCUGGAAUUACCACUCAGAUCAAAACUUCGCACCUUCCAGCCCUUCUUGGAUGAAGCUGGACAAACGCGAAUUGGCGGACGUAUACUUCACGCGCCGAUCGACUAUGCAGCCAAGCACCCCAUACUUCUACCAGCAUCUCAACUUUUAACAAAAAGGAUAAUCUGGGAUCACCACGUUAGAAACCUGCACGUCAAGACGGAGAGAUUGUUGACGGACCUCCGCUCUCGCUACUGGAUACUCUCUGGACGUAAAGUGGUAAAAUCUGUCCUCAACAACUGCUGGCCCUGCAAGCGCACGUCGGCAAAACCUAGCCCUCCUUUGAUGGCUUCACUACCAGUCCAUCGUUUAACACCACAUCUGGCGGCGUUCACGUACACAGGGAUCGAUUAUUUCGGACCCUUGACCGUAAGAGUUGGUGGUAGGGGAAGAAGACACGAAAAACGUUGGAUCAGCCUAUUUACGUGCUUCACCACACGAGCGGUUCACCUGGAAGUGGCCAACGGGCUUAGUAUGGAGGAGUUCUUACUCUGCUUCUCCCGUUUUGUUAGUCUACGUGGUAAACCUAAAGUCGUUUACAGCGACAAUGGGACGAACUUUGUUGCCGCCGAGCAGGAGUUACGGCAAGCGUUGGAAGAACUCAUCAGCAAACACGAAGAGCUCCAGACGUCAAUGGCUUGCCAACAAAUUGAGUGGCACUUUUCUCCUCCCCAUGGACCUCACUUUGGUGGCGUUUGGGAAAGAAUCGUACAGUCUUGUAAACGGGCAAUGAAAACCAGCAUUGGUAAUUGCCUAGUUACGGACCAAGUGCUACGAACCGUAAUCGCUGAAGUGGCAGCCUUGUUAAACGCCCGGCCGUUAACUCAUCUGAGUAUGGAUCCAGGAGACCCGGAUCCGUUAACGCCCAAUCACUUCCUACACGGUGGGGCCCGUCCAUACGUGCCCCUGCAAUUGGCCGACGUGGAAGACCUGAACGUAACCAACAAGCAGUUCCAGCAAAGUCAAGCCAUCCUUCAGCACUUUUGGAACAGAUGGCUACGUGAAUACGUUCCCCACUUAACUGAGAGAAGAAAGUGGCAAGAAAAUAGGCCUAACGUCACCGUGGGAGAUUUAGUGUUAGCAGUUGAACCAAGUACUUUGCGUGGGCAGUGGCCGAUGGGCAAAGUGUUGGAAGUUAUCCCCAGUGUAACGGAUAAUGUGGUUCGAGUCGUAAAAGUCAAGCUCAGCAACCACCCAAAACCAUGUAUUCGGCCGGUGGCCAAAUUAUGUAUCAUGGUUGCAGCCAAAGAUCAAGAAGUUUACGCAAAGGAAGAAAAAAUGGAACCUUUAACAGCGUAA